AUGUUUAUUACUCUUCGUACUUCCAAUACUAAGUGUUGUCCCCGCGAGGGGGGUGUUGAUUCUUCGAGAAAAGGACGAACUUUGUCGCCGCAUCAUCAUCAUCAUCAUCAGCAGCGACGACGACGAGAGAGACGUACGAAUGUUACUGCUAAUACGAGUGCUCAUGUAAAUGUUGAUGUUGUUGUUGCUGUCAAGAAUCGUAACAGAAGAAAAACAAGAAGAGGAGAGGAAGCGUUGAAGUUGGAAUGCAGUCGGUGUGUUUUUAACCACCACCACCACUGGAUGGGUGGAGUCUUUGCCGGUGCUUCGUCUUCUUCUUUCACUUCUCUCGCUUCUUCGUCUGGGAGAAACGAGGACGAUGAAUCAGAUGAAAAAAAAGAAGAAGAAGAAGAAGAAGGUAAUAGUAGUAGUAGUAGUAGUAGUAGUAGUAGUAGUGAUAGUGAUAAGAGUAGUAAGGAGGAGAAUAAACAACAGGAGAAGGAUAUCCUGGUACAACUCUCCCUCUCUCUGAUUGAUUUCUAUCGCAACGAACUGUCUCCGUUUAUGCCGAAAAGCUGUCGUUUUAUACCGUCGUGUUCGAAUUACGCGUUCGAGGCGUAUACAAAGUACGGGGCCUCGAAAGGAUUUAUAUUAACCGCGUGGAGGAUAGCGAGGUGUAAUCCGUUUGGGGGGAGAGGGUAUGAUCCACCGAGAUGGCCUCCGAGUUUUACGCGAGGCGGCGACGGCGAGUAA